AUGGAUGUUUCGAAAAUGAACAAAUACCACGCACCGGUGAGUUUUUAUUUGAAUAUUUUUGUUGAAAAAUCAAAAAUUGGAUUAUUUCAGGUUCACUUCUCGAGCUUCCCACAUUUGACAAUCACAUUGUGUGGAAUUGGAUUGCUUUUGAUCGCCUAUUUCACCGUUGCUCAGGUUAGUGAGAGAAUUUGAAGAAACUACGGCGUUUUUGAAAUUUCCACAAUGUUGAAUAAUUUUUUAUUUAAACAAAGUUAAUCUCAAAUUCGAAAGGGAACUAAAAAUUUGAUAAAAAAUUCAAGUUUUAAAUUUUCUGAAAACUCAAAUCCACCACCCCUCCCUCUCCAAACAUCCACCCAAAUCUCACCUAUCCAAUUUUGCAGGUCACAGCCACCAAAGCGAGCCGUAGCCUUGUCAAAGAUGUCACCGUCGCCACUCUUGCCUCAUUUUUCCUUGGCUUCGGAUCACUUUUCCUUUUGUUGUGGGUGGGAAUCUAUGUUUAA